AUGAAACGCCACCACAAGUACCGAACAAGAGCUGGUGGUUUAUUGUACAAGCUCGUAUAUGAGAACAGUCCACAAGAUCCCGCAGUACAUCUCGCCACGUGGAAGUACCUGGUGUUUGUGCACGCGAAGAUCGGAGAGCUGAAGGUGAAGGACCUGAGCCUGAAGCUGCAGGGCGUGUCGGGGUUUCUCUUCCACCUGCAGCUGUGUGAGGGCCCCCAGCUCAAGCACCAGAUCCUGCUGAAGGCCAACACUGAGAGCGGGAAGCAGCGCUGGAUCACUGCCAUGUUCCCCUCGGACCCUCUGGAGGACAUGGAGCAGGCCACGGACGACGAUAUUUCCCAGGUCCAGUGCAUCAAGAGCUAUCAGGCCCAAGAGCACGACGAGCUGACGCUAGAGAAGGCCGACAUUCUUCACGCCAAGACCAUAACCAGUGACGGCUGGGUGCAGGGGAUCCGGCUGUCGGACGGAGAGCGGGGCUGGUUCCCCAAAGCCUACGUAGAAGAAAUCACCAGCCGCAGUGCAAGACUUCGUAACCUCCGAGAAAACAUCCGUAUUAAGUGUGUGACGCAGAAGCUGCAGAGAGACUGA